AUGUUCUGGAUUCGUUCAUACGAGAAGAGCUCCUCUUGCUAUUCCUGCUGCGAAGAGAACAGAUCCCUAUUCGCCGUUUCCCGCGCCGGUGGUACCUCUACUUUGUGUCCUUCGCAGAGGAAGGCGGCCUCCGCGGCGGUGGUGGUCUGCAGCGCCGGUAGCGCCGGUAGAACGGGCGUCGGGGAGAAGACGAUCACCAACGGGAGGCCCGCCGCCGUCGAGGUCACCGUCAAGGAGACCAGGAAAGGGCCGUCGGGGCCAGAGGUGGACAGCAGAUCCACUGCCGGAGGGGUGGUCGAGGACGUCUACGGUGAGGAUCUUGCCACUGAGGAUCAGCUCAUCACCCCUUGGGCGGUCUCCGUCGCCAGGUAAAGCUUGUUUCUAUCGCCCGCGCGUGUGCAUCGUUACACGUGUGAGACCCCCCCUCCAUCCGUUUCGUCUCACGAGGCGCUCUUAGAUUCUUCGACACAGAACUUCCUUUUGCUCUUAAACUCUCAGUUAUUUGCCGUAAAUGGAAAAAAGUUUAUAAUUUUAUACCGUCUUUUUGUGUCCUAAAACCCUCUCGUUCUUAGUUUUGAGUCAUCUCCAUCUCUCUCUCUCUCUCCAACCAGACUCCCCCGCGUCGCGUCGAGGGGAAGCUUUAUCUCUCUGAACGCAAAAAAUGGGGACCUCUUCAUGACCUACAGGUCGGCUGAAGUUCUUUGUUCUGCCGCGCAGUGGUUACUCCCUUCUGAGAGAUCCACACCACAACAAAGGGCUUGCUUUCACCCAGAAAGAGAGAGAUGCCUACUAUCUGCAAGGUCUCCUGCCCCCGGCAUGCGUCACCCAGGAACUUCAGGUCUCUUAACUGCCAUGCCUCUGCUCGAUAACUUGUGGAUGGUGUCUUCCUCUUUGAUUGUCGUAUAUUGAUCUCCCGUUUAUUUAUCGAAUUCACAAUCCUGCAGGAGAAGAAGGUCAUGCACAUGCUUCGCCAGUAUCAAGUUCCUCUUCAGCGUUACAUGGCACUGAUGGACCUCCAGGCACCUACAUACUAGUCUUAUUCCCUUUUACGACGUUUUCUGAUACGGUGGCUUUAGUUUAGGUAAUUGUGUGCAAUCUAACCGACGAUCUCUCUUGUCUGAACCUGUUCUCAGGAGAGAAACGAGAGGCUUUUCUAUAAGCUUCUUAUGGAUAAUGUCGAAGAACUCCUACCCAUUGUUUACACGCCCACAGUCGGCGAGGCCUGCCAGAAGUGGGGUUCCAUUUACAGGCGCCCACAGGGACUCUACAUCAGUUUGAGAGAAAAGUAUGCCUUUCUAACCUUCCUGUGGCCUUAGGGAGGAGAGGUGAGGGAGAGAAAUGGGGAGCUACAUGAACAUAGAAAAAUUUUAUGAUAAUAAUUCUUCUGCCAUUAAUGUUCAUGGUGUGUAAAUAAUUUUUGGCUUUCCAGAGGAAGGAUUCUUGAUGUUUUGAAGAACUGGCCCGAAAGAAACAUUCAGGUUAUUGUUGUCACAGACGGUGAACGUAUCUUGGGACUUGGAGAUCUCGGAUGCCAGGUGGGCAAUCACAGUUUUUUUUCCAUAUUUGUAUCCUUCAUUUUCCUUGCUCACGAGAGCUUGCUGAACAUUUUCCAGGGGAUGGGAAUUCCCGUGGGGAAACUUGCUCUAUAUACAGCUCUCGGAGGAGUUCGUCCUUCUGCAGUAAGUAUCUCCUUUAGUGGAAGACUUACUUCUUUGCACUGAUAGCCCUUCAAGCAUCAAUUAUUUCUGUUUUGAAGUAAUACGAAAAUAAUUAUCAUCUGAGAACUUCGUCGUCCUCUGUCAGUGCUUGCCUGUGAUGAUUGAUGUUGGAACAAACAAUGAGAAGUUGCUGAACGAUGAGUUCUAUAUUGGGCUCAGGCAGAAGCGUGCUAAUGGGCAGGUUUGCACCUCCCUCCUGAUGUCAAAUUUCUGCAAGCAUUUCUUACUAGUAUCUUAUGCUUAAAUUAAUCAAGAUUGUGGCUGGUGUAUCGAAUAUAGGAGUAUGCUGAGCUUAUGGAUGAAUUCAUGACCGCUGUUAAACAGAAUUACGGAGAGAAAGUUCUCAUCCAGGUUGGUACUUCGCCUAUUGACCACUAGGUUUUAUUUUUUUCGCUCUAUACUUGUUUAGAUAUUUACUUGAAUGAGUGUCAUCUCAGUUUGAAGACUUUGCCAAUCAUAAUGCGUUUGAACUUCUUGCGAAAUACCGUAGGACUCAUCUUGUUUUCAAUGAUGAUAUUCAGGUAAACUUUGGGUUUCAAUAAUUUAGCACAGUAAAUUUUUGAUUCCCCGGAAAUGAUUCAAUACGCAGCUUCUAGCCAUGUAAAACAUCUCUCCAUUGUCGCAGGGAACAGCAUCUGUUGUCCUCGCAGGUCUAGUUGCAGCAUUGAAGCUGGUUGGAGGAACCUUGGCCGAACAUACUUUCCUGUUCCUUGGUGCCGGUGAGGUCUAUAUCUGUCCCUUCUCAAUGAUUUUACCUUUGUUCUGCCCAAGAUCUCUUCUACUUUAUUUUACAUUUUCCGCCUGAGCUUGUCCGCCCAAGAUGGUGCAGUAGGAGCUCAUGCUGUACUUUAACCAAUAUCAUGUAUUCAAACCUUGUAGUCAGUAGGCUGAUUUCAUCUACUUACAUAUUAUAUUCAGGCAGGUACAGGGAUAGCAGAGCUCAUAGCCCUUGAGAUGUCGCGGCAGGUAUUGAGGAUUUAAUUUUCCCCGAAACUCUGAAAUUAUUCGUCCAAUCAGUCCCUGCUGCCUCAAGCUUAACUGUGCUAGAGAUGAAGAAUCAAUGCAUUAAUUUUAUGCAGACAAAGGCUCCCUUGGAAGAAACUCGCAAGAAAAUUUGGCUGGUGGAUUCCAAGGUCAAUUGUAGCAUUCAUCAUUCUCUCUCUCUCUCUCUCUCUCUCUCUCUCUUUCUUGUGUUAUACAGGUUUGGCUCAUAUACGGCCUUUCUUACGUAGGGAUUGAUCGUUGACUCCCGGAAAGAAUCUCUCCAGCAUUUCAAGAAGCCUUGGGCUCAUGAACAUGAGCAUCUUAAGGGGCUCCUAGAUGCUGUGAAGGUGCGUGGUUUAUAUCUCCUCUGUCUCUGAGAUAUUUUUUCUCGCACUCGAUCACAGAGCUUUAUCUCCCGUUCGUGCAUCUUCUGUGGUUCUCUUCGUGGAGGGGAUUCUUACGUUCGUCGUCUCUUUAGGCAAUCAAGCCAACGGUGUUGAUUGGGUCGUCCGGGGCGGGAAAGACCUUCACAAAGGAGGUGAUAGAGGCCAUGACCUCCUUCAACGAGGUUAGCUCGUGCUCCUACUUUUCUCCGCUGGUUCUCCUUCUGCUCUUUGCCCUCAGAUUUAUGGAAACUAACUCCCCGUCGUCGCCAUGAGAACGAAUCACAGAAGCCCGUCAUCUUCGCGCUCUCGAACCCAACGUCUCAGUCGGAGUGUACUGCCGAGGAGGCAUACCAAUGGAGUAAGGUUCGUGUAGAACGUAUCAUCAGCUCUUUCUUUGAAGAGCCCACCUACUAGGACUCGGUCUCCGUUGACAUUUGUUGGUCAACUUCCAGGCCCGAGCAAUUUUCGCCAGUGGGAGCCCGUUUGAUCCGGUUGAAUGCCAUGGCCAGACUUUUGUUCCCGGACAGGUUUGGAACCCACCUUGCCGCCUCUUUCUCGGAAAAGCAAAGUGAGACCCACCCAUUUUCUUCUCCUUGCUGUCUGAUCCAGGCCAAUAAUGCUUACAUUUUCCCGGGAUUUGGGCUCGGCUUGGUCAUCUCGGGAGCCAUACGGGUGCACGACGACAUGCUUCUCGCAGCCUGUAAGUAGACUAAGAUGCCUGAACCGCACCAGUGGGAGAGGAUCGCAUCACAUCCCCACGUUUGGUCUUGGCUGACCCCUGUAGAGGGUCAUCUUCCUCUGAUCUUUUAGGCCGAUCUUCUAGUAUUUCACGGUAUCAGCCAUCUCGCAGAGUCUGUGGGUCAACCCUAACCUUCUUGUGGAUCUUUGUUUCCAUGGUGGAACAGCCGAGGCGUUGGCCAGACAGGUGACGCAGGAGAACUUCGACAAGGGACUGAUCUACCCCCCGUUCUCGAACAUCAGGAAGAUAUCAGCUCACAUCGCCGCCGAGGUGGCCGCCAAGGCGUACGAGCUUGGUGGGUUCCUCUUCCCUGAGAGUUUACAACCCUAAACUAUGGCCGCCACCAUGAUUACGCCGUUAGAACUGACCCAGCCUCCUCCACCUUCUGCAGGGCUGGCGACUCGUCUCCCUCGACCUGCCAAUCUGGUGAAGUAUGCCGAGAGCUGCAUGUACAGCCCCAAUUACCGCAGCUACCGCUGA